AUGGUCGCUCCUGCUAUCUGCGCCGGCGGUAUCGCCGCCAUUUCCGUCCUCAAGGGCGCCUCCAACGCCACCGGACACGUUAUCUUCACCGAGUCCGAGAAGGGUGUUCACGUUACUGGAACCAUCACCGGACUUGAGCCGUUAUCGACCCACGGUUUCCACGUUCACGAGUUUGGUGACAUCUCUGGCGAGGGCUGCCUCGCCACCGGCGGCCACUACAACCCGUUCAACCAGACCCACGGCGCUCCCGAGGACAAGGUCCGCCACGCCGGAGACCUGGGCAACGUCGUUGCCAACGAGAACGGCACUGUCAUCCUUGACAUCACCGACCGCCAGCUGCGCCUGCGCGGUGCGCGUUCGAUCGUCGGCCGUGGCGUCGUUCUUCACUCCGGUGUCGACGACCUCGGUCGCGGCAACAACACCGACUCGAAGAAGACCGGCAACGCCGGCUCGCGCCUCGCCUGCGGUGCCAUCGGCAUCGGAAACGCGACCGCUCUCGCUGCCCUCAACUAG